CCGAGAAAAAUCUGUAGCCACUCAUUUCACUAAUCUCUGUCAGCUGUGGCGUAGUAAAUGUAAACCUCGGUCGUAAACUCGUAGAGAAAUGGCUGACUGCUGCCUGUCUGAUGAGGAAGCUGAGAAACAGAGGAUAAACAAGGCUAUAGAGGCACAGCUUAAACAGGAUAAAGUUGUUUUGAAACGCCAGGUGAAGCUGCUGCUAUUAGGUACUGGUGAAAGUGGGAAGAGCACUUUUAUCAAACAGAUGAGGAUCAUCCAUGGCAGAGGAUACAGUGAAGCUGACAAGAAGGCUUUCACUCGGCUGGUGUUUCAGAACAUCUUCACAGCCAUCCAAGCGCUGAUCGAUGCCAUGAAAACUCUACAGAUCGAUUAUUUUGACGACAAGAAUAUUAGCCAUGCAAAGAAACUGAGCCAAGUAGAGGCUGAAAAGGUGUCUACUUUGGAGGAUUGGCAGGCAGACGCCAUUAAGCGUGUGUGGAAUGACCAUGGUGUUCAAAGGUGCUAUGACCGCAGGAGGGAAUUCCAGUUAUCUGACUCUGCCAAAUAUUACCUGAGUGACUUGGACAGAAUCACGGCCUCAUUAUACGUGCCCACCGAGCAGGACGUCUUGAGGGUCAGGAUCCCCACCACAGGCAUCAUAGAGUACCCUUUUAACAUUGAAAGCAUUAUCUUCAGGAUGGUGGAUGUGGGUGGUCAGCGUUCAGAGAGGAGGAAAUGGAUCCACUGUUUUGACGAUGUCACCUCUGUCAUAUUUUUGGCUGCCAUUAGCGAGUACAAUCAAGUCCUCUCUGAGAGUGCGAAUGAAAACCGACUGAGAGAGAGCCUCGCCUUGUUCAAGACCAUCCUCUCAAACCAGUGUUUUCAAGACUCCUCCACCAUCCUUUUCCUGAACAAGACUGACUUACUGGAGGAGAAAAUCACACAGUCUCAUUUGGCAACCUACUUCCCAGCAUUUAAGGGACCUCAGGGUGAUGCCAAAUCUGCAAAAGACUUCAUCCAACAAAUGUACAUGAAGGAGCACAGUGGGCACCCUAGAUCCAUCUACACCCACUUCACCUGUGCCACGGACACGGAGAACAUCAAGGUGGUCUUCAAAGAUGUUAAAGACACCAUUUUCAUGGAAAACUUAAGCCAUCUCAACCUCGAAUGAAGAGGAG